AAACAAUGUCCUCAACCAUUCGAGCAAGGGUUUCCAACUCAAUGGCAUAUAAAGCUAAAAGGCAAGCUCUGUUGGAAUAUGAGGGAAGCAUUCGAGAGCAAUAUGCAAGGCUUUGUGAUUAUGGCAGGGAGCUUCAGAGGGUUGAUCCAGCAACCUCUAUUGAUAUUAAGUGUAGUUUUCCUAAGGGUAGCAAGAGGCCAGUUUUUAAACGGAUGUAUAUUUGCUUGGGAGCUCUAAAAAAUGGCUUCAAGGCUGGAUGCAGAUCUGUCAUUGGACUAGAUGGGGCACACCUGAAGGGACCUUUUGGGGGGCAACUGUUAAUAGCUGUAGCAAUUGAUGCAAAUAACACAUCAUGGGUGGUUGCAUAUGCGAUGGUGGAGCUGGAAACCAAGGAUGCAUGGAUCUGGUUUCUGGAGUUAUUGGUGAAGGAUCUGGACAUUGAACAUGAAGGAAGGGGUUGGGUGUUUAUAAGUGAUAAACAGAAAGGUUUAAUACCUGCAUUUGAAGAGGUAGUCCCAAGGGCUCACAUUAGAUUUUGUGUGAGGCAUAUGUGGACAAAUUUCACAAAGCUCUUUCCGGGAAAGGUCAUGAAGGAUAAAAUGUGGGCUUGUGCCAAGGCAACCACCUUGCCUUAUUUUCAGAAAGAAAUGAAUGAGAUGAAAAGCCUAGAUGAUGAUGCCUACAAGUGGAUGACAGCACCCGAGAGACCAGCUAUACAUUGGUGUCGGGCUUUCUUCAACACAGAUGUGGACUGUGACAUCAUGAUUAACAACAUCUGUGAGAGUUUCAAUGCCUGGAUAUUAGAUGCUAGGGGUAAGCCCCCUGUGACUAUGUUUGAAGAAUUAAGGGUGAAGCUAAUGAGACGGAUUGCAGUGAGGAAGGAAAAAAUGGAAGGAUACCAUGGGAAUAUCUGCCCCAAGCCAAGGGCUAUUAUAGAGACAAACAAGGAAAAGGCGGCUGUGGAUUGUAUUGCAACAUUCAAUGGUGGAGACAUUGCUGAGGUUGACAAUAUUGAGGGAUCAAAGAAUGUUGUGAACCUUGCAAUGAGGACAUGCACUUGCAGGAGGUGGGACUUGACUGGAAUUCCCUGCAAGCAUGCUAUUUCUGCCAUUUACAUGAAGAGGGAAGACCCGGAUGAUUAUGUGGCAGCUUGCUAUCUCAAGAAGACCUAUAUGAGUAUCUAUAGCAACCUGGUCCAGCCUGUUAAUAGCAUGGAUUUAUGGUUUAGAGGUGAGGAUCCACCUAUCUUACCCCCCCAAUAUACAAGGCAACCUGGAAGACCAAAAACAAAAAGAUUCAAGCAUGCUUCAGAAAAGGUGACAGAUGGUGGUGUUAAACUAGGAAGGGUACAAAGAUCGCUGAGGUGUCGUAAUUGUGGCCAAGUUGGUCACAACAUCAAAAGUUGUCAAAGACAUUUACCCCCAAAAGAAAAGAAGACUGCAGCAUUGAAUAGGAAGAGGAAGAAUUCCAAUGAGGAGGGACAAACUUCUGAAAAUCAGUCCAAGAAAGCCAAGAAACAGUCCAUGACCAAUAAUGAAUUGAGGCAAAAAGCCAAAGAAAGGGCAGAGUACCAAAGGAAAAAAAUGGCUGCCUUAAAGGCAUCAAGGUUGGAAGCAAAUAGGUCGGCUCCAAAAGCAUCAAGGCCUCAACAAGCUGCAGCAUCUGCUAAGCAAACUUCGAGGCCUGUUCAAGCUGCAUCUGCCCCAGCAGGUUCAAGGCCAGUCCAAUCUUCGAAGGCAUCAAGGAAGCAGGAUGCAACAGCUACAAGGUCCUCUCAAAGGAUCAAGCAAUACUCAGGUAAAGGAGAUGGAAAAUAGUUGUCGAAAUGGAAUUGACAUUAGCAAGCAGAUUAUUAAUUUUUAG